UCCACAUUCGGAGCGAAAGGAGCAUCUUGUUAAGAGACCACUGAGUGAUCAUCUCGUUUUAAAUACCUUGACCAUCGUUACAAACAUGGAGAAGGACUCCAGUUCUCGGUUGGCUAAAUGUGGAAGCUUUUCCAUUGCUGACAUUCUAAACGUCAAAAGCCCGAGCGCAUCGACUAAUGAUCUCUCAUCUGAAGAGUCUUUGUCCAGAGAAGACCCUAGGACACCAACAAAAUUCAACAAGGAGCUUUCAAAGCCAACGAAGAAAUCAGAUGACAAAGUGCUCUCCCUUGAAGGCGCACGUCAAAACCAAGGGCAACCUAGUGUAGAAACAAAGAAGAGGCCACGCACUGCCUUCACCACUGAUCAGAUAAAAGUCCUUGAGAGCGAGUUCCAGAAAGGCAAGUACCUCAGCGUUGUGCGCAGAAUGGAGCUUUCAAAGCUGUUGGAACUUUCAGAAACACAGAUCAAAAUAUGGUUUCAAAAUCGCCGUACUAAAUGGAAGCGGAAGCUUGCCGCUGAGAUGGAUUACGCCAUUGCUGCCCAGGGAUACCUGUACCCUUCACACCCGGCGUGCCACGGGCCGAAAUGCCACUUUGAAAGUAGUUCAACGCAUUCCAGCCGCAUGCAGCCAUCAUUCCUUUCAGUUUUCCAUCCACCUAUAUUCACGAAUUCAUUGAAACAGUCAACAAGGGGCUAUCCGCUUUCAAAUUUCAGCUCAGCUUCACUUUAGGGACAGCUAAUAAUAAUAUUCAAGGCCGUGUCGAUAUUUUACAAACUCUCCUUAGCAUUUCGUUUUAAAUCUGGUGUUUAAGAUAAAUGAUAACGUUCUGUACCUGCUGUAGAAAUGCCAGAUCAUCAAAAACUUUGACAAUAAUACAUUUUAAAUUGGUAUUAACUUCAGUUUCUCCAGGUGACGAUUUCGGUCCAGGAGAAUAUAUCACGUGCCAGCUUCUUUCAGUGGAAUAUCUUUACAAACAACAAUCAAAUUGAAACAACAAAAAGUGUUUUCAACAGUAAAUCACGAAAACUGUAGAUAAAGGUAAAGCGUUCGCAUGUUGCAUAAAAGAUAAGGAACAGUUUGUAAUCAAAGGGUCCUUUGUAAUAAUGGUGUCGUAAACUAUUCAAGGAAACCGUAUAACUGCCAUUUUAAACUUUUCCACCGAAUGUGAUUUAGUUUAUAUUGUUCACAUUCGCUUUAUCCUACGAUAAAGUAAACUAACGAACAUUUACAAGAGCAUGUUAAAUUUACAGAUAGUUAUUAAACACGCAUGGGAUAAGUUAA